AUGCCAUACAUCUACCAGUCUAGCAUUCAGGCAAAAGGAGCUAGCUCCAUUUCAGUGAUCAGAGCAAUGGCGGCCUCUCGCGCCCUCGUCUCCCUCGUCCUAGUUGCCAGCUGCGCCUUGGCAGCGGCCGCCCCUGCCACUGUGGUCAGCCAGAAGACUUACUUCCAGCCCCUGGGGAGGGCCAUCUUCGGAGACCCGUCGGCGCCCGGCCCCUGUUCUAACGCCACUGGCCAGAACUACCUGGACAUUGACCUUGCCCCUGGAAGCGGUGCCUUUGUCAUUGGUGACAACCUGUGGACCAUCACUGAUAGAGGCGCCAACUUGGACUGCCAGGGUGGCAACGCCCCUGGAGGUGCUGCUGGCACCACCCUGUCCGCCGCGUGCCAAGCCACCAACACGGCGUGCACGGGGCCUGGCAAGGUGUUCCCGCUGCCCGGCUUUGCGCCCACCAUUCAGCGGUGGAAGCUGCCCGAUGUGUUCACUGCCGCCUCCCCUGUCCCCGUCGAGACCAUCACUCUGAAGAAGCUCAACGGUCAGACAAUCAACGGGUUCCCCAAUUUCGACAACCAGGACAACAUCACCAGCAACCCGAACCGCGUCCUCCUCACUGGAGAGGGUGGGUACGGCCCCGACUUCCAGAAGGUCGGCCCCGAUCCGUUUGGACUGGACACCGAGUCCAUCGUUGUGACGUCCGCCAAUGCGGACGGCACCGGCGCCACGUUCUGGGUGUCCGAGGAGUACGGUCCCAGCAUCGCCCAGGUGGCGUCCGACGGCAGGAUCCUGGGCCGCCACGUGCCAGCUGGCGUUGUGUUCGACGCCUACAACGCACGCGCUGCGCCGAUCCUCGCUGCCAACCCUACCAAUGGAUACCCCAUCUACCCCACCUUCCCUUCGAUCCUGGUUAAGCGCGAGCUUAACCGCGGGUUCGAGAACCUGGCCUACUUCGGCAAGUACCUGUACGCGAUUCUGCAGAGUCCCAUGGCCAACCCCACGGUCGCGAUUGGCAGGCAGUCACUGAUUGCACGCCUGUUCAAGCUGGAGCUUGACGCGUCUGCACCCGGCGGCGUGAAGCUCAUCGGCGAGUACAUCUACUUCCUGGAGAAGGUCGGCACGUUCCCGCAGGACGCGGGCGCCAGCCAGAGCGCCAUCAAGCUGGGCGAGGCGACCGCGAUCGCGGAGGACGUCAUGCUGGUCGACGAGCACGUCACCCUGCAGUCCAAGCUCUUCAGGAUUGACCUCACUGGCGCGACCAACAUUCUGGGCUCCAAGUGGGACGACGUUCUGCAGUCCCCCACCCUCGAGCAGCUGGAGCCCGCCAGCUCUGCCACCCCCGGCUCCAAUCUUGCGGCCAACGGCAUCGUCCCCGUGAAGAAGGUCCUGGCGUUCGACUCCUUCACCGACGACCCGCCGUCGUCCGGCCAGCCCCAACUCCCGGUUAAGAUCGAGGCGACCGGAAUCGUCGGUAACCCGUUCGACGCCGCUAACCCCGCCCAGCUCAUCCUCAUCAACGACAACGAUUUCGGCAUCGCCGGGGACUUGACCCGGUUUACUCUUUUCAACGUCGCCGCGUCGACUUACCAGACGGUUUCCGACGCUCCCGCGCCCGCCCCGGCUUCGACGAAUGCUACCGCUACCCCGACCCCCACACCGACUGCGACCCCGCUUAACUGCAUCUCGAGCUUCGCCGCGGGGAGCACUUGCGACCCCUUUGGGGCCACCCCUAACCAGUGCUUCAACAACGCCGGUUCCUCCUACACCUGCUGCGCCGGCAGCUGCGGUUCCCCCCCCGGCGCCGUGGCCUACUGCACGGGGCAAGUCCCCGGGACCACCCCCGUCUGCGGCUCCACCCCUGCUCCGACCCCUGCCGGUACCCCCGCCGGUACACCCGCCGGUACCCCUGCUGGUACCCCUGCCGGUACCCCUGCUGGUACCCCUGCUGGUACCCCUGCCGGUACACCCGCCGGUACCCCUGCUGGUACGCCUGCCGGUACCCCUGCCGCGACCACCGGCGCCCCGGGCCCGACCGCUUUUCCGGUUGGCGGCACGUGCGACGCCGGCAGCAGCCUGCCUAACCAGUGCUUCAACGCCGACGGAUCCAAGUACCUUUGCUGCCCUGCCGCGUGCGGAAGCCCCCCUGCCGCCCUGCCUUUCUGCGCUUAG